AUGUGUGAUUUGAAUAAAACGGGACAGGGACAAGUGGUGUGUUUCAUGUGGCAUGAGGGUCAAGGAAGACGCGGGUCUAAUGAAAUUGGUUCAUGCUUACUAAAAUAUCUUGAAUACAAGGCUUCUGCUCAAGAAAAUGUAGAAGUAGUUUUUUAUUCUGACAACUGCGCUGGACAGCAAAAAAACAAAUUUAUUCUCGCUGCAUAUUUUUAUGCAUUAUCAAAAUACAACAUAAAAUCAAUUACACACAAAUACCUUAUAACAGGACAUACGCAGAACGAAGGCGAUAACGUUCAUUCGGUUAUUGAAAAACAUGUUAAACGUGCCCUGAAAUCAGGUCCAAUAUAUACACCUGACCAGUACGUAUCACUGGUUCAGACAGCCAAAAAGACUGGAUUACCUUACAAAGUCCAAGAAAUGAGCUACGCCGAUUUUGUAGAUCUAAAAAAGUUAUCUGAACAGACAUCUUUUAACUUUAAGAAGGACUCUUCCGGUGAGGUUGUAAAGCUGGCUAAUGCAGCCAUCAUAAGGAUAGAAAAAGAAAAUCUAGAUAAAUUUUUAUACAAAACUUCUUAUAGUGAGCCUGAAUAUAGAGUUGUUGAGAUUAAACAAAGAACUACCCGAACAAAUCAAACUUUCGAUAAUGUGAAGUUGGAACCGGCUUAUCGAGAUAUACUUCCGAUAUCAAAAAAGAAGUACGAUGGACUGAUGUUCCUGUUACGCAUGAAUACUAUAAAGAAAUGUUAUAGCCCAUUCUAUAACAGCCUUAAAAACAUUUUCUGCAUGAACUCCCCUGUAGAAUCGUGCCAGUGUUCUUUGUAUGGUAACGAUUCCGAGAAGUACGCGGGUUGCGGCAGGCCGAGAGAACAGUUGACAAACGGCUUUUUAGCGAGGAAAAAAGAGUUUCCAGCUUGUGUGUUGGCUCCGCACAAGAAUAACUCAAAACAGAAAAGCUCCGUGGUUUCUACCACGCUCAAAGUUUACGUACACACAGAGUUAUAUGGUGAUAUGAUAUUAUGCGGAACGGAAUCUAGGUCCUUUUUAGAAUGA